AUGAUCAAGUCCAGCCCAAUUCCACGGCUGGGGGUGCGCCCCACGCUUGUCAGCAGCGCACCCACCCGUCGCGGUCUCCAUGGCCUGGCCGUCGGUGUGGUCCGAGAGUCAGACAAGGAUGAGGCGCGCGUCGCCAUUGCCCCGGCUCACGCAGCCAAGCUCAUCAAGGCCGGUGCCACCGUCACCGUCGAAUCAGGUGCCGGCGAGCGCAGCGGCUUCAAGGACGAAGAAUAUCGUGAGGCUGGUGCGCAAGUAGCCGACGCUGCUCACACCUGGCAACAGCAACUUGUGGCCAAAGUCUUGCCCCCGACUGCCGAUGAGGCUGCCCGCAUUGAGAACCGCACCCUCCUUGGCAUUGUCCAGCCCAACGUCCACCCAGAGCUCACCAAGCAGCUCGCCGGUCAAGGCGCGACCGUCCUUUCCCUUGACAGCCUCUUGCGUACCCUCUCCCGCGGCCAAGCCUUUGAUGUUCUCAGCUCCCAAGCCAACGUGGCCGGCUAUCGCGCCGUCAUGGAAGCCGGUAUCCACUUGCCUCGCCCGCUAGCGGGCUCAACCUCAGCCGCUGGCAAAGUGCGCCCUGCCAACGUGCUCGUUGUUGGCGCCGGUGUGGCCGGUCUUGCCGCCCUGCAACUAGCCAAGAAGAACGGCGCCAUCACCCACGGAUUUGAUGUCCGCUCCGCCGCCAAGGAGCAAGUUGAAGCCGUCGGUGCCAAGUUUGUCGUAGUGGACUCUGGUGAGGAUGGCUCUGGACAGGGCGGCUACGCCAAAGAAAUGAGCCCCGAAUGGUUUCAGGCCGCCGAGCGCAAAUUGCUUGAGCAAGCCAAGAACAUGGACGUCAUCAUUACAACUGCCCUCAUCCCAGGCAAACCGGCCCCCAAGCUCAUCACCAAAGCCAUGGUUGAAGCCAUGCCCAAGGGCGGCGUUACAGUUGACCUGGCUGCCAAGGCAGGGGGCAACGUGGAAACCACCGUGCCCGGUCAGGUCGUCACCCUGCCCGGCGACAAGACUUGCGUCGGCUACACCAACAUGGAGUCGCGCAUGGCUCCCACAGCCAGCUUUCUGUUUUCAGGCAACGUCUCCAAUUUUCUUCUCUCGAUGCAAGAUGCCGACAAGAACUACACCGUGAACCUGGAGGAUCCUGCUGUCCGAUCCGUGUGUGUGGUUCACAAAGGAGAAAGCCUGCCCCCAUAUGUCCCUCCAGCCCCCAAAACCCCUCCACCCCAGUCCACCACUCCCGAACCCGAAGCUCCUCCGCUCAACCCCCAGACAGAGUACUUGCGCUCGGCAGGCCUGGCCACCAUCGGUACCUCUUCGGCACUGGCGCUCGCUAGUUUCGUGCCCAACUCGGCCAUGAUGUCCACCUUUGCUCUGAGUUGCUGGGUGGGUAACAGCUGUGUUAAGGGCGUCACGCACGCCCUCCAUUCGCCUCUGAUGGCGCAGACCAAUGCCAUCUCUGGUCUUACCAUUGUCGGUGGCAUGCUGCAGCUCGGUGGUGGUUAUCUCCCAGGUACCGUCCCACAGGUGCUAGCAGCAACCGCUGUUGGACUGUCUGCCGUGAACCUGGCGGGUGGAACGCUGGUCACCAAGAAAAUGCUGGAUAUGUUCCGCCGCCCCGAUGACCCACCUGAAUACAACCACUACUACCUGGCUCCUGGUGCGGUUGCCAUCGGCAGUGCGGCCCUGCUUUACGGCACGGGUAAUGCCCCGGCGGCCCUGGCACCCAUGCUCGGACUGGCCUCGGCGCUGGGCUGCGUUGGAGGCAUUGCCUGUCUAUCCUCGCAGCAAACCGCCCGCCUGGGCAUUUAUGUUGGUUUGAGCGGCAUUGCAACUGGCAUCACUUCCACCCUGGCAUAUAUGCAUCCAGAGCAGACUGCCACGUAUGCCCAGCUGCUGGCCCUGGGUGGCAGCGGUGCUGCUCUGGGUGGCUAUUUGGCAACCAAAAUCAGUCCCACUGAGCUUCCCCAGGCGGUAGCUGCCUUCCACUCGCUUGUGGGUAUUGCAGCCACUUGCACAGCCGUCGGCGACUACAUGCUUCACGACCAAAGCAAAAUGGAAGCUUUCCACAAUGCGUCAGUGUAUCUCGGGGCGUGGAUGGGUGCCAUCACCGCGACAGGGUCUGUCAUUGCUUACGGCAAACUCGCCGGCUCCUUGGGCUCUGCCGCGCUCAAGCUUCCUGGACGUGAUGCCAUCAAUGCCGGCUUGGGUCUGACCAGUGUUGCUGGCCUUGCUGGCUUCUUGAUGACCAAGGACCCCAUGCUUGCUCAAAUGAGCCUCGGUGCGGGUGUGGUCUCGUCUGGUGCCUUGGGCUUGCACAUGACAGCCUCCAUUGGCGGCGCCGAUAUGCCAGUCGUGAUCACCUUGCUCAACUCUUACUCUGGUUGGGCCCUUUGUGCCGAAGGCUUCCUGCUGGACCAGCCGCUGUUGACCGUGGUGGGUGCCCUCAUCGGGUCGUCGGGCGCCUUCCUCACGCGUGUCAUGUGCGAUGCCAUGAACCGAUCUCUCCCAAACGUCAUUUUGGGUGGCUUUGGAACGCCCACGGGCGCAGCCGCCAAGAGCGACGGUAAUGCUGAAGCACUCAUUCACACGGAAACAGACGCCACCGGCGCUGCAGAAAUGUUGCGCAGCGCCGACAAGGUUGUGAUUGUGCCUGGUUAUGGCUUGGCCGUUGCUCAAGCUGCCAGUGUGGUGGCCGACAUUGCCCUGCGCCUCCGUGAGGAGGGCAAGGAUGUCAAGUUUGCUGUUCACCCAGUGGCAGGACGCAUGCCGGGCCAGCUCAAUGUGCUGCUGGCCGAGGUUGGCGUGCCCUAUGACAUGGUUUUCGAAAUGGAAGACAUUAAUGAUGAAAUGGCAGAUGCUGAUGUGACGUUGGUCAUCGGGGCCAACGACACGGUGAACAGUGCGGCCGAAGAGGACCCCAACAGUGCCAUUGCGGGCAUGCCCGUCAUCCAGGUCUGGAAGUCGAAGAAGGUCAUCUUUAUGAAGCGCAGCAUGGCUGCUGGCUAUGCUGGCGUUGAUAAUCCCGUCUUCUUCAAGGAAAACACGGACAUGUUGCUUGGUAAUGCCAAGGACACGUGUGAUGCCAUCAACAAGGCGCUUCAGGCAUAG